UCCAGAAUUCCGAGUAUCUAUGUCAAUUCCAUUUACACACGUUGGUAUAGACUAUGCAGGACCGAUUCAUAUGAAAUGACGAGGACAAAAAACAUUUAAAGGAUAUAUAGCUGUAUUUGUUUGUAUGGCAACAAAAGCUAUUCAUUUAGAAGCAGUAAGUGAUUUAACAACCGAAGCGUUCCUAGCUGCUUUGAAAAGAUUUUUUGCUAGAAGAGGUAAAAGUCAACAUAUAUAUUCGGACAAUGGAACAAAUUUUGUCGCAGCUUUGUAGAAGAUUAGACCGAGAUUUUAAAAUGGCAAUCCAAAAUAAUUCAGCCGUAGCUCCCAUAUUAGAAGCAGAUAAAAUUCAAUGGCAUUUCGGGCCCCCGGCAGCUCCUCACUUCGGAGGAAUUUGGGAGGCAGGAGUGAAGUCGGUGAAAUAUCAUUUAAAAAGAGUGAUAGGCGAAACUAAAUUGACAUUUGAAGAAAUGAUUACUUUGCUAUCACAGAUUGAAGCAAUACUGAAUUCACGACCUUUAUGUGCGAUAGAAAGUGAAAGCGAUAUAGACGUUUUAACGCCUGGCCAUUUUUUAAUAGGAUGUCCAAUAAUAGAUUGUCCUGAAGCAAUUAAUGAUAACCAAAUAGGUUCAUUAGAUAGAUGGAAAUUAAUACAAAAACUUAAAAAAGACUUUUGGAAACAAUGGGAAAGCGAAUAUGUUGUAAUGUUGCAACAACGCAUGAAAUGGAAAACCAAACAAGCUAAUCCCGUACAAGGACAAAUAGUUAUUAUUAAAGAUGAAGAAACUCAUCCAGCCAAAUGGCCAUUAGGAAAACUUAUUGAAACUCAUCCGGGAAAGGAUGGAAAUAUAAGAGUUGUAACUCUAAAAUUACAAAAUGGCAUACUUAAACGGCCCGUUCACAAAUUAUGCCCACUGGAGGUAACAAACAGCAGUAGAGCAGAGGAAGCAAAUCAUGUGACAAGUUUGCUGACUUCGAAAAUAACAAAAAAUACUGCAACCUCAGAACGACCGAGUAAAUCAAGCAAAUUGAUGAUGUGGUUCUUAACGAUACUCAUGCUAGCAACACAAACUAAGUCAUUAUACAUUAAUGAUACAUCUAAAUCAGGAGCUUCAGUGACUAAAGUAAAAAAUAAUACAGCAAUAUAUUUGGAACCGAUUAGUAAAAUGGACAUAAUAAAUUCAAAAUGGAAUUUAAUAGUCUAUUACGAAUUAGGUACUUAUUAUGAUCGGAUGCAUAAAAUACAAGAAUUUAUUAACAGACUUGAAAAUCAAUGCAAAAUAUUGACCUAUUACGAAGAUGCCUGCAUAAUGAUUACUGCAACUUUAAAUGACAAAUAUAAUAGUCUUAAAACAAAUAAUGAAUUGUUUAUGAAAAAACAAAAUAAAAAAAAGCGAGCACCAUUCGAAUUCGUUGGUUCAAUUUACCAUAUAUUAUUCGGAAUUAUGCUACAGAUAUACCCAGUUGUGAAGAAUCCACAACUACGCAAUCGUAGCGUGGCUUAUUCACAACUAUUGCGGCGUUAG